UUCCAUUAUUUUGUCCAGCCACAUAGGCAAAACUAAAAGUUACUUUGCUCAAAGGCAUAAGUUUAUGAUCUCCUGAACUGUUAUCUUCUCGGAAACAUCCUUCUGCUUGCUGGUGAGGCGACGAAAAUGACUUCGUCGUCCAUAUCGCGCGAAUGAUCCACAUCAUCGAUGAAUCGAUUCACCGAUCGAUAACCGAUCGUUAAUCGAUCUCCGAUAAAAUCUACCAAUUUCAAACAAAAUGUUGAGUCCAAAAAUGCAGCGCACUGUGCGCGUCAACGACAGUCAGCUGGUCAUGCUGUCGGAUAGGGCACACUAUGACCACUCACAGUCGGGGUAUUUGCAUAAGAGAACUGCAGACAGCGGCAAGUGGCAAUUGAGAUGGUUCGUCCUGUACCAGAAUUUGUUAUUUUACUACGAGACAGAAGGUUCAGGCAAACCUUCAGGAGUUCUUUUGCUUGAAGGCUGUUACUGUGAAAGGCUGAUCACUUCCACUCAGACCCAAAGUGCUGCUUUGGCAGCUAAGUUGAACAAACAGCAAGAUCCAGAAAGACAGCUUGCUGUUGAGGCGACGAAAAUGACUUCGUCGUCCAUAUCGCGCGAAUGA